AUGUACCAAGGCGUAUUUUGGAAAAUGUUGCUUAUAUUACCUGCCAGUAUAGGGCAUGAGUGUGCUUCUUCGGGUCAAAUAAAUGUUACAUUUGACGAUUUACCACCAAUAACGCUUAAUGCACCACUCCCGUCGUCCGAUUACAGCAAUUUGAUAUGGACGAAUGCGCACUAUAUUUACCGCCGUUGUCUUCUAUGUCCCAACCUUGGAUAUCCGAUACUUUGCACAUCGGGUGAUUACGUGGGCUGGUUUCAAGGUAAUCAAAUGUUAACUAUUCAACCAGAGUUGGGUUGUACAACAUUUACAUUCAUUUCUGUAUUGAUGAUUGCUUCAAGAAGAAACGAAGUAACAUUGAUUGAAGGUUAUUAUAACAACACACGACUUUAUAGACAAACACUUUCGCUAACUAAAACAUCUAAAUAUCUAUUCGAGCCUGGUUGGUCUAAUAUCGAUAAGAUUACAAUGGUUGUUCCUGGCGGACAGAAUAUUUUUGAUGAUACAGGUAUAGAAAACUUGUUUAUCAGUUAUGCCUCGCCGACCAUCACGUCAAGGAGUUUAUCUUCAACAGCGCGUAAGUUGUUUUGUGCUUGUUUGUCUUUGUAACGAAGAAACGUCGUGGAACACUUCUCGAAGACUCCGCAAUUAAAAAUGACAUUAAAUUGAUUAGGUUACAUGAAAUGUCGAAUUUCAACAUCUCUGCCAUGUUGUUCGUCUCUCACGCCUGUAUUUAGGCUAUGAACGUAGCUUGUCGUACAUAGUCAGAUUAAACUCCUCUUGCAGCAGAUUUAAUAAGUAGUUUAUCAGUGGUUGUGGUAACUCUUUUAUGCGGAUAUAUCCAGAGGAACGUUGGU